AUGAGUAUUUAUCAGAGCGAAGAGGAGUUAGAUAGACUAUUGGUCCAGCUAAAAGGACUUUUGAUAAAGUAUGAGAGCCACAGCUCAAGCGCCCAGAGUGACAAAUACGCCGAAGGUAUUUUAAUUUAUGAGAGGGCGAAGUGCGCUGAAACUGCGUACAUAAAGGAGAUUGAAAAGCUCCAGCAGCAGUCCAAGGAAUCGCAUAAUCUCCGUUUACAGGACAAACAGAAGAUUUUGAACGAGCUGAAGUUAAAGCUUGAUCAUUUGAAGAGUCUGGUUGAGUCGAAUCAGGAGAAGUUAUCUGACAAGCACCUUGAUUCGAGCUUGCCUUACAGUAAUAAGCUAAUCGUUUGGGGCAACGAAAUCCAAGAUAAAACUCAGGAUAGUAUAAACAGGAUACGUGAUUUAACGAUAGAUAGUGAGAAGAUUGGAGCUGACGUGACAACUGAUUUGGAACAGCAGAACGAGAGUUUGAAUAGAAUCCGAGUUACGAUUCACGGCGUUGACGAGAACUUGGCGACUGCUAAAAGCACAGUCAAGUCGAUAGCAACGGCAAUUCUUAAGGACAAAUGUACCAUUAUUCUCGUGGUCACAAUUAUAUUAUUGAUUGUAUCAAUUUCACUUUGUAUUUACUUUUUCAGGGACAUUAAGACCUAA